ACGUGAGCGGGGCUCCUCUGGUCACGUGGCGGGCGCGCAGGGCGGCUUUGUGGCCGCCAUGUUGUGCGGCCCCGGGCCGGGCCGGGCAUGGCGGCGGCCGGCAGCAACUGGCUCUCGGGCGUCAACGUGGUGCUGGUCAUGGCUUACGGCAGCCUGGUCUUUGUGCUGCUGUUCAUCUUCGUGAAACGCCAGAUCAUGCGCUUUGCCAUGAAGUCCCGCCGUGGCCCCCACGUGCCCGUGGGACAGCACGCACCCAAGGAUUUAAAGGAAGAGAUUGACAUUCGACUGUCCAGGGUGCAGGACAUCAAGUAUGAGCCACGGCUGCUGGCAGAGGACGACGGCCGGCUCCUGCAGCUGGAGACACCAGGGUUUGCAGAGAUCUCAGUUUGUGCUUUCCCUCUACCAGGCUGCUAUAACUACCUGUACAGGAUGAAGGCACUGGAUGCAAUCAGGACAUCAGAAAUCCCGUUCCAAGUAGAGGCUCGGUACCCAAAGUCUUUAAUAGGGAAGAACUUCUGUGCCUACUUGCUGGAGCUGCGGAAUUCCAGCACCUCCUUCAAAGGCAUCCGCAAAGCCUUGAUUGACACCUUGCUGGAUGGCUACGAGAGCGCCCGCUAUGGCACUGGGGUCUUUGGGAAAACGGAAUAUCUGAAGUAUGAGGAGGCUCUGAAUGAACUGGCAAACAUCACCAAGGCCCGGGGCGGCAGCAGCCAGCGGCAGCACCAGUCAGCAGUGAAAGACCUCACGCUGUCCCCUGAAGUCUCCAACCCCACCACCAUCCAGGUCACCUACCUUCCUUCCAGCCAGAAGAGCAAACGUGCCAAACACUUCCUGGAGCUGAAGAGUUUCAAGGACAACUACAACACACUGGAGAGCACCCUGUGAGCGUGCGGGGGCCUGGUGCAGUGGGUAUGCUGGGCGGGUCUGUGCUGCAGUGCAGGCAGCACUGAGAGGAACCAGCUGCACUCUCAGAUCUCCCCCUCACCCCACUUCGGAGGUCAUCACUCGGCAGGGGCUCCAUUCCAACUGCUGGAGUUUGGCCCUCGCCAGGAGCCCAUUCUGGAGCUGCUGAGCCCAUGGGGAUCAGCCCCACGGCCUUCUCUGCCACAGGCUUAUGACACUCCAGCCUUUGAGUCCUGCAUUGUCUUGGACCCUGUGAAUAAACUCAUGAGCUUGAGCUUAUUUAUAAAGACAUGGAUCCCAGCCAGCGCUCCCCUCCGCCCGUCCUUCCCUGCGGCAGCUGGCGGGAGCUGAUGUUUGUCCGUCCUGUCCGUGAGGGUCUUGGGCACUGGAGCCACUUGUCUGUUUUUUCCGAAGGGUGAACACUUUUCCCCAUGACGUCAUUGUUCCUGCUGUCAGCCCUUUGUGCCCAGCCAGCCUGUGCGCCUGGAUGGGGUAGACAUAGUUUGGUGCCUGUUCUUAGCACCAUGGCUAAGCUACCGCUUCGGGCUGAGGUUUCUACUCAUUCUCCUGCAACCGGGCAUUUGGGGACGUCUCGAGUGGACAAAGCGGUGUUAAAUGUCCCAUCUGUUCUGCCAAGGGGGUGUUUGCUCCCACUCUCACCAGCGCCUCGCAUGCCAGCGUCUGCCGAGCUCCUGGGGCUGAAAGCUCGUGGCCCCCACCUUGAGUCUGCCUUCUGUCAGGCUGAGGACAGCGCCGGCAGCUCCCCCGUCACUGUGGCGUGGGCGACACAGAGUGGAGGGUACAGACCUCGGCACUUUUUAAUUACUGUUUAAUAAAAUGACAGUUUAGCUCAA